AUGCUGAAGUCUAGACGCAGCACCCUUCCUUUCUCCUACUUAGUACCGUACAAUUCUCGACCUUCCCUACCACGCGCUGUCUCUACGCCAUUGUUUCGUACUUUCAGACCACCACACACUGACCGAUCCCGGCCCUUCACCACUACCGCGUAUUCAAGUACUGGGCAUUGGUCGACUGCUGCAUUUGCGGCCAUCUUCUCCAGCGGCGCAUUCGUCUUCUACAAGAAUCAUAAAGCCGCUGAAGGACCGGCUGUACCUUCAAAGCACAUUGGAUCGGAUCUACAGGAGGAAGAGAUCGCCUUGAUGUCAGGCACACCUUUACCCGGACGACCCGGCAAUCUGACUCCAGACCAGGAGGCAAAGCUUCAAGACUUCUGGGUAGCUCUCCUCCAUACCUUCGGCGUACCAGACCUUGCAGAUGGAGAUCAUACAGCUGUAACGAACAGCAGCACGGACCACGUCAAAGAAAGUACAGACACCAUUGCCUCGGAUAAGCAGAAUAAAAAGAAAAGUGGAGGUCUUUUUGGAAGCAAGAAGGGCAAAGACGCGAAGCAUGGAGGCUUGAAUGGCGCAUCUGUCGUGGAGGGUGAAGACAAGUUCGAAUUACCCCCGGAACAGCUUCGCCAGGCAUUUUGGAGCAUGGUCAAGCAUGACAACCCCGACGCCUUGCUCCUGCGUUUUCUCCGAGCACGCAAGUGGAAUAUACAGAAUGCGCUGGUUAUGCUGAUCGCAACGAUGAAAUGGCGAAUGGCUGAGGUCAAAGUGGACAGCGACAUCAUCAGGCGGGGCGAAGCCGGCGCUUUAGAAGAUAGCCAGAGCGCGGAUGCUAAGACAAAGAGGGACGGUCACGACUUUCUCGAACAGAUGAGGAUAGGCAAGAGUUUCUUGCACGGCAUGGAUAAAGAGGGGCGGCCCAUAUGCUUUGUGCGCGUAAAAUUGCAUAGAGCGGGCGAACAGACGGAAAGUAGUCUUGAACGGUAUACUGUGUACACAAUUGAGAGUGCGCGAUUACUAUUGCACGAUAAUGUUGAUACGGCCGCAAUCGUCUUCGACAUGACUGACUUCUCACUUGCAAAUAUGGAUUACGCCCCUGUCAAGUUCAUGAUCAAAUGCUUCGAAGCCAAUUACCCGGAAUCCCUCGGCGUGGUUCUCGUCCACAAGUCUCCUUGGAUUUUCCAGUCCAUUUGGAAAAUUAUAAAGGGUUGGCUCGACCCAGUCGUUGCCGCCAAGGUCCACUUCACAAAAAAUAUCGAGGAAUUGAGCCAAUUUGUGGCCCUAGAGCACUUAUUGAAGGAGAUGGGCGGAAAGGAGGAUUGGGACUACAAGUAUGUACCACCACGGGAAGGGGAAAACGAGAAGAUGAAGGAUGAGGGGACGAGGGAGAGAUUAUUGGAGGAAAGGCGAGGUGUGGUGAUAGAAUAUGAGACGACCACGCAGCAAUGGCUGUCGGGGCAUAAGAAGGUGGAGGGGAGGAGGCGGGACUUGACCGAGAAGCUUGGAGCAGGUUAUUGGGAUCUAGACCCGUUCCUGAGAGCCAGAACGUUUUAUGACCGCACAGGGAUCAUUAGCCCUGGGGGCGGAAUAGACUUCUAUCCAUCGCGUAAGAAGGCGGAGCCGGUCGCGAACGGGGGACCGAUACCGGCUGGGCAUGUUGAUGAGGGAGUCGACUGA